UCCAAUAUCACAUCCAACCAACCAUCACACACAUCGGCGAACACUGCUGGUAUUCACACGACCCACAGGGACUAGCUCAUCGGUUCGAGCCUGGAGUUAUCCCGCCACAUCGCUGUUCCUCCCGCCAUGGCCUCGCCUCCGCUCCACGUGGACGACCUGUCCUUCUCAGACCUUGACCUCAUCACAACACCCCCAGCCGGCGCAGCCUCUUCUUCCAACAAACACACCAAAACCUCAACGCGUCCCUCUUUCAAGCCCGCCGCUGCCGCACCACGCUCCUCAACAGCAGGCGCGGCCAACUUGAGACUACUACAAGGCGUGCCCAAGCCUCCUCCAAUGGCGGCGGCCAAUCGCGCCGCAGGGGGAGGCAACAAGAGGAGGACCAGCUUAUUUGUCCCUUCGGCCCUGCCCAAGGCGAACAGCACCACCGCUGACGAGGCAGACGAGAGUGCAGCGGUGGAGCAAGGCGAGGGAGAGGGGGAUGACUCGCUGCUAGAGGCCAUGAAGAGCUCCAAGCCUCGUGAGCCUGCCCUCCCCACCCUUCCUGCCUCCUUCCAUCAGCAGCGCCCGACUAGGAGUGCGAAUGCUGCCGCAGAUGAAGAAGCCGAGUCUGCUGGUGGAGAAGGUGAAAGUGAGACAAAGGAGCAGGUGCAGAGGCAGUUGGAGGAUCUCAGCAAGAUGAACAGCAGCUUCGAGGCAUACGAGAGGAUGCUGCAGGGGACCGUUGGACAGAUUGACCUCUUCGGAAACCGUCUCGAAGCAACGUCCUCGCUCCUCUCUUCGUACAUCGAUCUCCUGCGGCGCUCCGCAAGCCACCAAAGCUUGCUCCUCAACCCCUCCUGGCAGGGGCAGACCGAGGACAAGAUCCAGCACGCAGAAGCGAUGCGCGAUCUGGAAGAGCAAAUGGAGAAGCGAAGGCGCCAGAGGGAGGAAGAAGAGGAGAGGGAAGAGCAAGAACGCCUGCGUAGGGAGCAGGCCAUCGAGGAGGAAGAGUACAGAAGGUCCAUGAUGGCUACUUCUACUGCGAGGGGAGGUCGAGGUAGGGGGACCGGGGUGAGAGGAAGGCCGACGACGACUGGAGCUGGCACGGCAGGACGCGGAGGAGCAUCCACAACAGCAACACGCGGGAGGGGCGCUCCCCCUCCCGCUCGAGGUGGACUCGCAGGUCGUCCCAGCGGUAUCCCAGCUCCCACCACAGCCCGCAGCGCAUCCGCCGGUGUGAGAGGUUCAACUCGCGGAAGGGGUACCAGUGCAAAGUGAAAUGGUAUGCAGAACUCGCGAUGUCUAUUUGUACAGUACUCUAGUCUCCCACUCUUGUAACACCUCCCUCGUAGACCCUGUCAACCCUCCAUUGUCACGCCCAACCGAGCGCAAAGACUGUCAUCCAACGAUUACGAAUCAGGACACCGCCAUUCUCCUUUUUCUCCUCUUCUCUCUCC